AUGCAUAUUUUCGAUAUCACCUCUCUCAUCAUCGGCCUUGCCGUGAGCCCAGGCGUGCUUGGUGCCGCGCUCAAGGCUGAUGCACUGCGUCCCGCGUCAAAUGUUGAAGUCGUGACAAUCGGCGAACAUACGAUAACAAUGACCACUACCCCCGUUUCACCCGCGCGCCUCGCCAGAUUGCCCCUCAACUCUCCAGGCCGAAACCGGUCAGCCACGCCUGAAACGUCCCUUAGCAAGCGGGUGAUCAACAACGGCUGCGAGUUCGGAUGCGGUGGCGCUGACUUCUGCUCGAACGACCUUAGCCUCUCGCCUGAUCCCCCCUUGCUCGCCGACUGCCAGGCUCUCAAAUCAGCUCUGGACCAGCGCGCACAGGAUGAACUCACCGACACCUUCCCCUGCAAUAUCCCCAAAAGCCCCUCCUGCCCGAACUUCGUUGUGCCCCCUGGGUUCAAGCGGACGUACUCCUUGGGUACAUGUUUGGUGGGCUUUGUAAACCUGAACCCCGACGGCGGUCCCGACCUCGGGUUCUGCGACUACCUUAUGGCCGGGACGAUGUUGGGAUUCUACGAGGACUGCAUCACGAACCAAGGAUUCACUGGGGAGGUCUGCUUCUCUGAUAACGUUGGGUUUGAAUGGGGGCUUGAAGUCCGUCACGGCUAG